CUAUGGCGGACGCUUGCAACAUGACGCCGCUGGUCGUUAUCGGUGCGGGCCCCCACGCGUUGGCGCUCGUCCUCACCUUGCUCGAACAAGACAGCGCGAGCGAGUUCACAGAGACCGAGGCCGCAAUGCUCUCGUUUUGGCGCAAGAAGCGUCUCGCGCCGCAGCGCCCGAGCCUUCGCCACCACCUCCGCGUCCUCGAUCCGUCGGGCGCGUGGUGCGCCAACUGGAACGCCAACUUUGAGCUCUUUGGCAUCUCGCACCUCCGGUCGCCACUGAGUGUGCACUUGGACCCGCUCCGGCCCGAGGGGCUCCGGGACUUUGCAACGUCGACGCACUCGGUCGUGGCGCCGCCGCCCAGCACGAUCCGCUUCAACAAGCGCAACAAGGCGUUUGCAUCGCAGACGUCCAUGUUCAGCGAGAACGAUCGAAGCUUCUUUGGGUGCCCGCGCCAAGACCUCUUCGCCGCCCACAACAAGAUGCUCAUCACGCAGUACAAGAUCGAGACGCUCGUCGAGCCGCAGACCGCCACGUCCAUCGUGCCCGUCUUUACCAGCGACGGCGACAAGACGCCUUCGUCCUUUCAAGUCCACUGCGCGUCCGGCGAGAUUGUUUGCGCGGCCAAGGUCGUCGUCGCCGUCGGCACGCAGCGUCUGCCGCGGCGGCCCACGUGGUCGCUCGCUUCCCGCCGGACGUUCCACAGCGCCGACCUGGUCGCCCAAGGCCCGUCCAUCGUGCAGGCGCGGUAUGCGGCGACGCGGCCGCAUGUGCUCCUCGUCGGUGGCGGCUUGACAUCCGUGCACUUGGCCAAGCAGGCGCUGCGCUGGGGCGCGACACACGUGACAUUGCUCACGCGGUCGCCGCAUUUGCGCGUGCAGCCGUACGACGUGCCCCUCGAGUGGCUCUCGCCCACGCUGGGCGACAAGAUGCGCGCGGCCUUCUUCGCCGAAGCGAAUGCCGACGCUCGCCUUGCACGCCUCAAGCAAGCCCGCGGUCGCGGCUCGGUCACGCAAGCCGCUAUGGACCAGCUCACCGCCGUCGCGACGCCCGAAACGUUUACGCACAUGGGCAGCACGACCGUGGUGGCUGUCGAGGAGGUCGACGGUCGGCUUCAGAUCACGCUCUCGUCUGAAGAUGUCGCUGCGUCGCCGCUCGUCGUGGACGAGAUCAUUUUGGCCACGGGCUCGGACGUGGAUGUGACCCGCGACCCGCUCUUCCGCGAGCUCCUCCCGCUGGGCGUGACGACAACCGGUGGCUUUCCCAACGUCGACCAAGACCUCCGCAUUGCGACGGACGUGAAUGUGUUUCUCAUGGGCGGGUACGCGUCCUUGCGGCUGGGACCUACGGCCGGUAACCUCAUGGGCGGCCGUGCGGGCGCCAACCUCCUCUCGGACGUCCUCCUAGACGACCUCUUGCCGCCCACUGAGCAAACGACGCACCACCAUGUCCGCUGUCUCUGCGGCAAAGAAAACAUGUACGACCUCCUCUUGUAGAGGGUACGAGUCGACUCGUAGCACGAUAGUUAAACGUUAACGCUAUAUUAGCAUAUUCCUAUAUUCCGAUACCC